UUCAAUAAUAUUUUUCAUUCAUAUUUCAUAAUUCACAACACCGCGUCCGGUACCCGGUCGUUGCAAAAUCAAAAUUCUCAAAAAGUAAAUUCAACUCAAAUUGAAAAAAUGUCUGUUUUUGAAAGUAUUGAAAAAGGACCACCAAUUGAAGUUUUUGCAUUAAAUAGAGCAUUUCUAGAAGAUAACUUCCCCCAAAAAACAAAUCUUGGUGUUGGAGCAUAUCGUGAUGAAAAUGGAAAACCAUGGGUAUUACCUGUAGUAAGGAGCACAGAAAUAAAGAUUGCAUCUGAUGAAUCAAUCAAUCAUGAAUAUUUGCCAGUUUGUGGAACUGAUUUAUAUACAACUGCCGCAACUAAGCUUCUUUUAGGAGAAGACUCGCCUGCCAUAGCCGAGAAACGCGCAUUCGGUGUUCAAACAAUUUCCGGAACUGGUGCCUUGCGUUUGGGAGCAGACUUUUUGGCCAAAAAAUUGGGCAAAAAAGUGUUCUACUAUUCUGAACCUACAUGGGAAAACCACCGAGCUGUAUUUUUAGCAGCAGGAUUUGAAACCGGCAAAACCUAUAGAUAUUGGGAUCAAGAGAAGCGUGGAAUAGAUUUUGAUGGCUUUGUUGAAGAUUUGAAUGGUGCCCCUGAAGGUGCCGUAAUUAUUCUUCAUACCUGCGCUCACAAUCCCACCGGUUGUGAUCCAACCCAAGAACAAUGGAAAAAACUUGCGGAGGUUAUUAGUUCCAAAAAGUUGUUCCCAUUUUUUGAUUCUGCGUAUCAAGGAUUUGCUAGCGGUGAUCCAGAUAAGGAUGCUUGGGCCGUGCGUUAUUUCGUUGAAAACAAAUUUGAACUCUUAGCUGCUCAAUCUUUUGCUAAGAACUUUGGAUUAUACUGCGAACGUGUUGGCAACUUGACAAUAGUUCAAAAGUCUGAAGCAACUGCAGCUGCUAUCCAUUCACAGUUAACUCUGCUUGUCCGUAUGACAUACUCAAAUCCUCCAGCAUACGGUAGCAGAAUCGUAUCCAAAGUUUUGAACGACCCAAAACUUCGACAGGAAUGGAUGGAUUGCAUUCAACUUAUGUCUCAAAGAAUUAUAAGCAUGCGAAAACAACUUCGUGAUCACCUAAUUGCUCUUAAGACACCUGGAAACUGGGAUCACAUUACACAGCAAAUUGGAAUGUUCUCAUACACUGGCUUAAAUGAGAAACAAGUUAAGUUCCUCAUUGAAGAAUACCACAUUUAUUUAUUGAAGUCUGGAAGAAUCAACAUGUGCGGAUUGAAUCCCAAUAAUAUUGAAUAUGUUGCGAAAGGAAUUUACGAUGCUGUUACCAAAGUAGACAAUACUGUCUAAAA